CUCGGUAAAUGUUCAGCGAUUUAGACUAUCGUAAUAGAUUGCUCAUUCCGGUUGAGGGUACAUACUAUUUUCGAAAGACAUUUGCAUGAGGCUUGUCAGCGUAUAGAAUAAUUGAUUCAUAUUGCAAAUUAAACGAUUCGCGGUAUCAGUAUAAGUAUAAAAAUGACUCCGGAAUUUGUAAUUCAAUGGACUAAAUUAUCAAUUUGGAUUGUAUUCACGUGGCCAGAGAGUUCGAAAUCAACACCAGUUGGCGUAAUUAUUCAGAAGAUUAAGUGGUGGAGUUUUUGGAUUUUUUCCGUAUCGCAAACGAUGCUAUCAAUUUAUACAACAUUUAACAUGCGAGAUAGUUUUGGGCUAUUUAUCCGCAAUGCAUUCAACGUAUUCUGCUUGGCUCAAGUCGUGUGUAGAAUGGUUAUUGGAAAAUAUCAUCAUCGACGAUUUCAGUAUUUGAUUGAAGAGAUGGAAACAUUUGUGAAGGCUGCCAACGCCCACGAAAGAGAAGUAUUUUCAAGCUGUUUAAAACGAGUAUUUCCUCUUCAUGUGAUCUAUAACUUGAUGGCCAUCAGUGCGACGCUGAGCUAUAUACUUGGCCCUUUCACACUGGAUCGCCUAUUACCGAAUAAUUUUGUUUAUCCAUUUGCUGUGGAUAAACAUCCUACAUACGAUAUUAUGUUUGUAAUGGAAAGCACAGGAGCUAUGCAAUGCGCCUCCUCGACAGCUGUUAUCUGUCAAGUGAGUCUUCUCCUUUGGUAUGGAACCGUACAACUUGAACUUCUCGCGGAGAAAAUGAAAAAAGUCCGCAAUGUUCAGGAGCUUAAAGCGUACAUUCAUAUGCAUCAUCAUAUACUUUGGUAUAUUGAUGAAGCCAAUAAAACCGUUCGUCCCGUAGUUAUGACAACAAUUGCAAUGGCUACUAUGUCCAUUCUGUGUGGUGAAAUAACUAUAAUUGGAAAUGGACCCAAAGUUGAAAAACUACAGUUUAUCAUGAUUGUAAUUGCGUACUCAAUAGAACUUCUCUGUGUUGCAUGGGCUGCAGAGAAUUUAACUACAGCGUGCGAACAAGUGGGGUGGGCUUUGUAUGAUUCCUCGUGGUUUCAAAAUUCGAAAGAAUUGAACAGCGCAGCACUUUUCGUGAUGCAGAAAUGUCAAAACCCGUCGGUAGUUUCCAUCGGUGGAUUGGUGCCGAAAUUAUCCAUGAACUAUUAUGCAACGUAUAUGUCAGCAACCUAUUCAUUUUUCACUACGCUGCGUGUCGUCUUCCGAAAAAUCGAGAACGAGUUGUAAAAUAAUUCAAUUCAAUGCAAAACAGCCUAGAUAUAAAUCUUUGUAGCUAUUUUUUUCUAUAUGAUAGUUAUAAAUUUAUUUAGUUAUGUAGAGAAUGUACAUGGAAAAACAUAAGCAAUGUAUUAAUUUUUAAUAAAAUGACUUGUCAAUGAUA